CCUCACAAAUUUCGAUUAAAAGCCACACUUUCGCCUAACACACGCACACGUUCAAGCUCCACCUUCAAAUCUACCAAAGAAAAAAAAGAGGAAAGAACUUGAUUCAAGUUCAUAAAGAAAAGACUGUUUUUUUAAUCUCUAAUUCGUCCAAGUCAACUGAUUUGGAGAUGCAAUCCGUUGUUAUUACCCCAACAUAUUGUUGCAGCACCCAUUAUCAAACCCUAGAACGCUUCUCUUCUCGUCCUAAUCCUUCCAAGCCAUCAUCGAGUUUAUUUGGCGCCCGCGUCUCGGUCGCGAAAGGGCGUAAUCCGUCGAGGCGCUGCACAUGGCGUUGUCUUCGGGUUCGAUCUCCUGCUCUUACGCGCAGGCUGAUUGUAAGGGCUGUGGCCACUCCAAAUUCAGCCCUGGAGUUGCCGCUGACGGCAGAGAAUGUUGAGAACGUCUUGGAUGAAGUUCGACCGUACCUCAUUGCAGAUGGGGGAAAUGUAGCAUUACACGAGAUUGAUGGUAAUGUUGUGCGGUUGAAGCUACAAGGGGCAUGUGGCUCAUGUCCGAGUUCGGUUAUGACUAUGAAGAUGGGUAUUGAGAGACGUCUAAUGGAAAAGAUACCUGAAAUUGUGGCUGUAGAACCAGUGACUGAUGAAGAAACUGGCCUUGAGAUGAAUGAAGAGAACAUUGAGAAGGUACUUGAAGAGAUUAGGCCCUAUCUGGUUGGUGCAGCGGGUGGAUCUCUUGAAUUAGUUGCCAUUGAGGAGCCGAUCGUGAAAGUUAGAAUCACAGGUCCUGCAGCAGGGGUCAUGACUGUUAGAGUAGCCGUAACGCAAAAAUUGCGAGAGAAAAUUCCGGCCAUUGCCGCCGUUCAACUUUUAUGAUUCCAAUGCAAUAUUUUAAGAUUUAACAAAAUAGUUACCAAAUAUAGCAUUUGUUGUUGUUAGGCUUGUAUGAAUAGUGAAAAUCCUGCUGUAUAGUUCAUAGUUUCCAUACUCUUCUCUCUUUGGAUGCCAUUGCCGGUCCUAAGUAUAUUGUUUUUUCUUUUCUAAA